AUGUGGAACAGAACAGAGAAUGAGAAGGGUGAGAAAGAGAGACUGAGGAAGCAGGAAUGCAAUGUUGGAAGGGAGAAGAAGAAGAGGAGGAUAAAACGCAUCAAAAAGCGCUUUGGUUCUCCUGAGUUUGCUGUAUUUAGGGCGGUGGUGACGCUGUGGUACAGAGCCCCCGAAGUGCUGCUGCAGUCCAGCUACGCCACGCCGGUGGACCUGUGGAGUGUCGGCUGCAUCUUCGCAGAGAUGUUCAGGAGAAGAGGUGUUCAGAACACAGAUGCAGUCAUUUCAGAGUUUCGUAAACCAGUCAUCUUCGCCUUAAAUGACACCUGUCGGAUGUGUUGUGAGCACGUUGUUGGGGUGCCUUCAGAAGAGGACUGGCCCAGGGAAGUGGCCCUACCACAGAGUGCCUUCACCCCACGGCCCCCGAAACCGAUAGAGGACCUGGUCCCGGACAUGGACGAGCAGGGACGAGCUCUGUUAAUGCAAUUUCUCGCCUUCAACCCCUCGAGGAGAAUAUCGGCCCUGGCCGCGCUGAGUCACCCCUACUUCCAAAGUGUGGACAGUCACAGCAGAAGCGUGUACGCUGCUCAGCCCAUCCCCAGCAACAAGCCCACCAUGGAGGAGCGGACUGCCUGA